UAAGGCCACAAUUUUUUCAUGCAUCAUCUACUGUAUAUCGGACAUUAUUCCACGCUGAAAAAGGCAAUAACAUCAUUCAUUGUUCAGGUACAUAUUUAAUUACAGUUACUGCGAAAAGUUCUCGUCCUACGAAAGAAGUAAACGAAAUGAGCUUCCAAGAACUUCGUAAAUUUUUGGAAUCGAAGGACAUUAAAUAUGAAGAUCUUAAAAACAUCAUCGACGAGGAAAUUCGAGGAAGAAAAAAAACAUUUACCGGGAAGAUAACCACCCUUGUCGAUCAUUCGAAUUUGCUCGAACAAGGAAAAGGAAUUGUGAUGCGUGAUGAAAACGUAGUUGACAAACCAAAUCUAUACGUUGAUUACGAACAACUUCGAAAAACGAUAGCAAAAGGACGAAAGUUGGGUGGCCCUGUAGAAAUAUUUUGCUCUCGUCAUUCCCAAAAUCUUGAUGACAAAAGGCUCGAUAGACUUUGGGAUAAACGUAGAGAUCAAGGUUUUAUUGUAAACCUCAUUAAACAAAGGCCGAACACGAAAAGAGAAAAAAAAGUAGAUACGACAUUAGUUAUGCAUGGAAUGAAAUUCUUGAAAGAGAGGGAUCCCGGAAUAUUGGCUAUAGUCGCAGGCGAUAGUGAUUACGUACCUUUAGUUGAACAUGCUCUGGAGAAAGGAUGGAAAGUUGAAAUAUGGUUCUGGUCAUUAGGAUUGUCUGGAGAAUAUGAACCUGAAUUUCUAAAUUUGGAAGAAAUUAUAGUCUCCACUUUCUGGAUGAUGAAUAUAAAAAAUUUACAUAUGCUCGUGGACCAGAAUCUCCUCUGGGAUUUAUUUGGAUGGUGGCAUUGGAUCAAUAAUGAUCAUUUAUUGAUUUAUGUUAAUACAGAAAAACAGAAAGAGGAGUUAGAAAGGUUGUUUAUAAUUGAAGAAUAUAAGAAUUUAAAUUCUUUGCUAGUAGGAUGCGCUUUAGAUAAAUUAAUAAGCCUAGAGAAUUUAAAUUAUGAUGAUUCUGCUUAUUUAUUAUAA